GUAUCGGAAAGUACGAAACAACGAUGUCCUUGAUGACGAUGUCCUGUCCCACGUUCCUCGCUAGUUGUGGACGCAACAAGCUGUUUUUGCUAUGUUGCUGCCCUAAACGCACUCUCCAGCGUGCUGUGUGUUCGCCUGCGUCGUCAAGCAAUUGACAGACUGAUGCGAGUGUGUGUGUGUGUGUGGGUUAGGAGCGGAACGCGCAUGCAAUGCAACGAUGGUGGCAAAACAAAAACAAAUCACGCACACUACCACACACACACGUCGUCAUGCUGCUGCGUAUUGUGCGAGAAGUUGAUGUCGGAGAAAUUGUACGGUUUUGCCAACAGAGAGUUGCCGCAGCAGAGAGCUUUGCGAAAGUCGGAACUCUUUGGUGUAGUUUUUCAGGCAAUUCGUGCUUGUGGGUGAAAGAGGCAUCUCGAAUGGACUGCUGGUGCCUGCCUGCUGACUGCGUUUCGUGAAUUGCAGUAAUUGUUUCACCCGUACGCAAUUUUCUUCUCUCGCCCAACUUGCCUGAUUAAGUGGUGGUGCAUGAACCGCAGAGCUGUGGCGGAGAAUCAAGUUUUCUUUGAAUUCUUUGAUUAGCCACACCAGCAAGCAACCAAGCAGUGAACGCACCGAAUCAAAAUCGUGUGGGGCGUACUAGCAGGGCGUAGGAAGCAUAAGAGCAUCGAAAUCGCACACUCACAGCUCCGGACGAACCAUGUACGCUUUAAUUAAGGCACGUAUCGCGAAGACCAUCGAAUGAGGAAAUUGUGUUGACGAGACGCUACUGCUGUGGCACUGUGUCCGCUUGUGUGUGGACACUGCAUUCAGUGAAGCAUAGCGCAGUGAAACCGAAGACUUUUUGCUCCAAAUAAGUGGUGAACGACGAUUUGUCUCUAGUGUUCCGCGCAGCAAAAACAGCUAGCUGAGGUGUGAACCCGUCAUUGACACCGACACACACACACACACACACGCGCAGCAAGUGCGAAGUAAAGAGAUAAAAUAGUGGAACCAUCAUCAGGAGGACAAAAAACGCAAAUAAUUGCAAAUCCUGCAAAAGUGAUACGAAAACAAAAUAGGAAUUAAUCAUGCCUCCGCUAAACAAUUGCAACGGCAACAAUUGCGGAGACAUCAUUUGUUCCCUUUCAACGCAAUCGCCCCUUUCGCCUGGCACGGAUCUGUCCCAGGCAGUUGGGGGCGUACCAGGCACUGCUGGGAGUAGCGGUGGCAAGCCUCGGUUCAGCUGUCCACAUUACGCGCAAAAAAUGCUGCUUAAUCUGAACGCACUGAGGCUCGAUUCACGGUUUUGUGAUGUUGAGAUCAAGGUAGGCGAUGCUACCUCCGUCCACGCCCAUCGGGCCGUGCUGAGCGCAAGUUCCGCAUACUUCGAAGCCAUGUUCCGGCCCGAACUGGGACUGAGCGAAGGCAAACAGAAGACCGUCACGUUACACUCGAUACGGGCCGACAUCCUGGAGCUGCUGGUUGAGUUUAUCUAUACCGGGCAGAUCGAAAUUGAGCAGAGCAACGUGCAGGAGCUGCUGGCCGCAGCCGACAUGUUGCAGGUGCCGGAGGUAGUGGACGGAUGCUGCGAGUAUCUCUGCCGGGAGUUGCACUCAUCGAACGCGCUAGGCAUACUGAGGUUCGCGGAAGCGCACAACUGCCGCCAGCUGGCCGAGGUGGCGGCCAACUUUGUCCACAGCAACUUCCCGAAGGUGGCGCUUGAGGACGAACUGCUCGACAUUCCGUACACGCUGCUGGUGAAGGUGAUCGCUUCCGAGGCGCUACGGGUUGACAGCGAGUACCAGGUGUUUAAUGCCGCCCUGCGCUGGAUACGCCACGAUGUGGUACCGAGGCGCCAGUACGUAUUUGAGAUCCUUUCGCACGUUCGCAUCGCCCUGGUGCCAGUCGGGUUGAUCGAUCAGGCCAUCGCCGAGUGUCGGGAUGUGUCGCUGAAGAUUGCACUGCGUUCGGUGCGCAAAGACCUGACAUCGCGCCGCGGACAGCUGGUGCCGUUGCGCGUGUGUCCGCGCGUUUGUGCGAAGAAAAGCAUCUACGUGAUCGGCGGUUCCAGGCGCGAACAGUCGGCCGGCUGGACGCCCACGGAUUGGAUCUUCGAGUCGGUCAUAAAGUAUGACAUCUUUCGCCGCGAGUGGAUUGAGUCGGCUCCGAUGGAGAUUGGGCGUAUACUGCCCGGCGUGGCAGCACUGGGUGGAAAAAUCUAUGUGAUUGGCGGAGAACGCGGCAGUCAGAUCCUGGCGAACGGGGAGGUUUACGAUACACAGAACAAUAACUGGGAACCGAUGGCACCGAUGAAUGUGCCGCGUUGCGAAUUUGGCCUGUGUACGCUCGGCGGCACACUGUACGCGAUGGGCGGCUGGAUCGGAGAGGAUAUUGGAGGUUCGAUUGAAUGUUACGAUCCGAUGAAGAACGCUUGGCGCAUGGUGGGCGACCUGCCGGAACCGAAAUUUAGCAUGGGCGUCGUGAGCUUUGAAGGAUUGAUUUACAUUGUCGGUGGCUGUAAUACUCACUCGCGGUAUCUAACUGAUUUGAUUAGUUACAACCCAGUUACAAACGAAUGGACAAAGCUCGCGUGUAUGCAAACAGCACGGUGCCAGAUGGGGGUCGCCAUCCUGGAUCGGCAUCUUUACGUGGUCGGUGGCAACAGCAGUCAGCAAGAGAUUUUGCGCACUGUUGAGCGGUACAGCUUCGACGAGGACAAAUGGUCCAUGGUAUCGCCGAUGACGGUGAGGCGCUCCAGUCCGGCUGUGGCCGCGGCCGACGGUUUGCUGUACGUAGCUGGCGGUGAUCAACCGUGCGAAAUCAACUUCUACCGUGCGCAGAUUACUAUUGCAUCGUUCGAAUGUUACGAUCCCAUCACGGACCAGUGGAAAGUAUGCCCGGACCUGCCCACCAGUCGCUCCGAGGCGGGUGCUGUCGUCGUCUAAAGGAAUCCACACGCUACUGGAUACAUUCACUAACCAAAGGAUGCGCUUAUGAAGCGCUCGUCGUCCCGCUUCCUUUACUACCAAAUCAGUCUGCAGUUUCUGCUUUUCCCAGCCUAGAAAAAAGAAUUCCACCUACCGAAAGACAGUUGUUGGUGAAGGAAUGUUUUGAACUACAUAUACAGGGUGUACAUUUUGGAAGGGUCCGUCAGCACGAUAUAACUCGAUCGAUAAACUGGAAGUGUGUCGCAUGUAACACCAUGUGGCCGGAUCCAAUAGUCGUGUCCUAUUUUCCAAAGAGUUUUCAAUUUCAAAUCCUCUUUUUGGUGUUAAAUUAACAAAACAUUUCCAGUGUUCGAUCCACUGGUUUGUCAAGAUGUUUGUUAAACAAAACGUUGGUUACAUCCGGACAGUACACCCAGUAGCUAAGCAUACCGAUUGAGAUAUACACAACGUAAAAAAAGAAGUAUAGUAUUCUUCAUUUUACUACGUUCCCGGGUUUCAUCAUCAUCCACAGGACACCGAACAGGCACCCAAUCCCUAAAACAAUCUUGUUGCGGCUGUCGCACAUCUCAUUUGUCAAUUUUUGAUUAAUUCUUAAUAAAGUGUUUUAAUAAAGCAA